AUGUUGCCCAACACUGGUUCUGUCGUUUUCGGCUUGAUGCUCGGCGUUGCCCAACUCAGCAACGCCGCUCCCUCUGACUCUAUGGUCGCCUUCACUUCUCCCGUCUACCCAACUGCCACCGACGUGGUCCCUCCACCAGCCGUCUCAACCGCAACUGGUGCUCCUCCCGUUUCAUCUGCCACUGGAACUGAGCCCGCUCCUCCCGUCUCUACCGACGACUGCCUCGCCAAGUGCAACAAGGCCCGCGAUGACUGCGGCACUGCACCCGAUGCCAACCAGGCUACCUGCGCUGCUGAGUUUGCCACCUGUGUUGGUUAUUACCCCUACGACACUGAAGGAAACUUUGUCCCUCCUACGGCUUGCUCUUCUGCCACCACUCUCGCUUCUACCAUGAAGCCUACUGAGCCCGCCAAGUCUACCGAACCCACGAAGCCCACCGAGACCAUGAUGCCUACUGGUGAGGAGACCAAGAUGCCUGAGCCUACUGAGACUCAUGUCAUUGUUAACGGAGCCGGUCAAGUCUCUGGUGGACAGGCCCUUGGCCUCCUUGGUGCUGUCGGUGUUGCUGCUCUCGCUUUCCUCUAA